ACCAAAACGCAGCCAUGUUCUUGCUCAUCGGUUGCUUUGCUCUUGUGGUCUCUGCACUGGGGUGUGGGGUGCCUGCUAUCAAGCCCCAAGUGAGCGGAUAUAACAAGAUUGUAAAUGGGGAGAAUGCUGUAUCUGGGUCAUGGCCCUGGCAGGUUUCACUUCAGGAUGGUACUGGAUUCCAUUUCUGUGGGGGAUCCCUGAUCAACCAGAACUGGGUUGCCACUGCUGCUCACUGCCGUGUGUCCCCAAUGAACCACCGUGUUAUCCUGGGAGAACAUGACCGCCAGUACAACAGUGAGCCAAUUCAGGUCAAAUCCAUUGCCAGGGCCAUCACUCACCCCUACUACAACUCCCAGAACUUCAACAAUGACAUCACCCUUCUGAAGCUGUCCUCUCCAGUCCAGAUGACAUCCCGCGUGUCUCCUGUGUGCCUGGCCUCUUCCAGCACCAGCAUUCCCUCUGGAACCAAAUGUGUCACCACUGGGUGGGGCAGGACCGGCCAAACCUCAACCCCUCGCUACCUUCAACAGACUGCCCUGCCUCUGAUCAGCCCUGCUGAGUGCAGGCAGUACUGGGGUCAAAGCAGAAUCACUGAUGCCAUGAUCUGUGCUGGUGCUUCUGGAGUGUCAUCCUGCCAGGGUGACUCUGGUGGCCCUCUGGUGUGUGAGAGAAGUGGAGUGUGGUACCUUGUGGGUAUUGUGUCCUGGGGUACCUCUAAUUGCAACGUGUUCACGCCUGCCGUGUAUGCCCGUGUGUCCUACCUGCGCAGCUGGAUUGACCAAACUCUGGCUUCAAACUAACACAAACACACACAAAGUCAGCAACACACAUCUCCCCAGACUUCAUCAUCCUGCUCCUCAAUGUGAUCAGUGAGUGAUUCUACACAGCAUCAAUACUGACUGUCACAAGGAUGUUUCUAAUUCUACUGACUGACACUCACUGU